GAGGCAGGCAGGUGCUGAGAUGGUGGGACGUGAGUCUGCAUGUUUGAUAUCACAAGUCAAGGCUGUUCUGGAGGAAGGUCUGUGCAGGGAUUGAAGCAGGGAUUGAAGCAGUUCUCCUGCCCAGUCAGAGCUUUUCCAUGUGUACCUGCAUUUCUUUUCUGAGCACAAGAGCUGUUCAGGCCUUGUAGCAGUCUAGGCUGCAGUCUCUGUCAGAAUUGUGGCAUAGCACCACAGGUGAUUGUGCCCAGACCUACUGACUGACAUCAGCCCUGUGCUGGUGCAAAUGGAGAACUGCAGAGGGAUGUGCCUCUGGGAUAUGUGCCAUGUAUUACCAUCAAGGUCUGCUGCAUGUACAUCACCUCCAGCUGACCUGUUUGGAGGACUGUCCACCUCCUUGGCCUCAGUAUGGUGUUACCCAGCGAAGUGUUUCAUUCUUCUUGCAACAGGCUUGUGUUUCAGUAAUUAAAAGUUUGAAAAAAAUGGCUAAUGAACAGGCAUUUAUCAAAUUAAGACAUUUGCUGAGAACUGUAGCAGUAAAGCAGACUUCAGUACAUGCUGUAUACUGGAAGCUAAGUUGCUUAACUUCUCUAUUUGGUGGGAAAAAGAAAGCACAUACAUUGCCGUGUCAUAUUCCAGCCUUGGUUAUAUAAUUGUCUUUCCAAGGAGUGAUGAUGCAGACUGAUCUAUUUUUAUUCUUUUUGUACCCUGAGGCACACUCCCCAGAGCAAAUCGCCAUAGCGGUUUAUUUCAGAAUCUCAAACCACAGUAAUUAUGAUAAGAUCUCUUUAAAACUGUUUUGUUUUGUUUCAUGCGUGACAUGACUCUUGCUGGAGUUGAUUCUGACGAUAACAUCAGGCAACUCAUAGGCCUUUGCAAAACUCAGGAGAGUUUUCUCUUGGCUGUGUAGGGCUCCAGAAAGUGCUUCAAUUUAGUACCAGAGUGUUUAGUUUAAUAUUAUCUGUUCUAUUCGUAUGUUGUACAUACAGGUAUUACAGCACUUUGGUUUUAGAUUAGUUGAUGUAACUGACACAAUAUCUGAAAUUCCUUCAGUGUUCUCUGUUUUUGUCUAUGGAAGCUUGAUUGUCUUAAUGUCCAGUCUUUAAUCUGUCUUUUUCAUUUCAAGUAAAUGCCCUAUGUAAUGUAGAAUAUCAGGAUAGCAUCACUAGCUGUAGCAAAUCUGAACACACAUGUGUACGUUGUCCAGAAUAUUUAAACAGGAGCUGAAGAUGCCAGUAGCUGUUUCAUCUGCCUUCAGCUGAAACUAGAUGUGCAAUAACAGACUGUGGUAGGAAGCCGUUUGUAAGUCACUUUUUUUUUUUUGCCACAAGAUGAUGUUAGUAGAAGAAGAAUUUUAGCUCUUGUUUGCAAAAUCUGCAGGGGAUGAUAAAGUGUGUGUGAGGGAUACAGUUUUCCUUUCCUUGAAUUGGAGGAGUAUAUACCAAAAGCAGAGUGAAAACGAAAGAUAACAGGAUAUUUUUGUUGGCCGCUACUGAACAAUGUCUUAUUUUCUACAUAGACCUUAAUAACAGAACUUUAACUUGAUGCUGUGCACCCAAUGACAGGGACAGUGGUUUCUCUCAGGAUUUUAACUUAUUUAUUGAAAUAGGAGUGUUUUUCUCAGUGGUGGCAACAUUGCAGUACGUUGACAAAGCAUCACUACUAGGAACAGAAAUGUUUUAAUGAGAUAUUUUGAGGGAUGAUAAGUACAUAGGCAUAGUGAAAAGUGAGACAAUUCUUUGAUUUGCAGUGAUCUUUAGGUGAAUGUAAUGAUGUGUAUCUACAAAGUGAGAAUGCUAGUAUGGUGGUGGAGAGGCAGUGGAAGGGAGAGGAAUCCAAUUCUUUCAUGUUUUUCUUGUAACUUCUUUCGGGUUUAAGAUCUAACUGGUAAAAGAAGAAUUGCAGGAUACUGAGAAUAGGAAAGGGUAACAUCUUAGGAUGAUAGCUGCUGUCUACGUGACCUGUCCUAUUGAGCUUGUCACUAUUCUGCGGGAGAGCAACUAGGGUGCUCAGCGUUGCCUGCAUGUGUACAGUAAGAAAAUGCCAGCUUCAAACCUGCUUCUGCUGUGGGUUCUCUAGCAAACUCCAGCAUAGUUAACUUUGUUGUUGUGAAUCAUCUAUACUUAUUAAUGGAUCAUGGCAGUAUAUUUCAUGCCACGUAUUCAAUUAAGUGACUUUUUGUUUGUUCUUAUAAAAUACGGGAAUAUAAUAUGUUUUACUGUAUCUGUUUUGUUGACCCAUAGGAUCUGAAAAUCAGGCUUGGCAAUGGCUGAAUAAUUAGCUGCACCAGCAGUGGUGCUGGGAAGUUUUAAGGUCAUUUUUGGUUCCUCCAUCUGUUCAUUUAUAUGAUGAUCAAGAGUACUGGGCUCUCUGCAGCACUGCAGAUACUGCAGUGAAUUGAACCCUCAGAGUGAGCUAUCUUUUUCAGAAGUCUACAAUGGUUACUGAAGGUAGAGAGACAAAAGUAAUGGCAUUUGUUGCAGUUUAAACUUUGCUGUGCUAUGAAAUAUCAAAUAAUGAGAUGAUAAGAGUAGCAGAAGCUAACUUGGAAGAGGAGUAUUACUCUAGCUUGCCUGCAAGUGGCAUGCCUGAGAUUAUUGCAUCUCCACUGCACUGAAUUCUGCUGAAUUAGUGCAAAAUAUGAUUAAUAAGGUCUUCCUUAUAAAUCUGUGUACAGAGAUGAACUAUCCUCAGAUACCUGGGUUUUGGUGGGAAAAAUUCCUGUUGCUGCUCAACCAGAAUAGGAUUGGUUUGAACAUAGUCUGUUGAUGUGUUUGGCACUGCACCUCCCGUGCCUAUUAUUGAUAAUGUCCUAAUUUUCUGCUAUAAAGGAUCCUUCUCUAGGUAAUGAGAAUCUCUUACCUGGUCAAAGGAGACGGGAUUAUUUGCUUAUGAAAAGAUUCUCCAUAUUUGUUUGAAAAUAAAAAGAAAAAAAUCUGGUCUGUGCAGUAUUGCAGCCUAAGAAUGUCAAAAAUAGCAAGUUCAACUGGACAAGGGGUUGUACAAAUACUGCACAAAAUCAUUUGUCUGUUUAUUUGCUAUGAUAAAAAUAGGGAAUUAAAAGCCAUGGGUCACUGAGCAGUAAUACUGACUUGCAAUGCCACACAAUAAAACCGUAGAUGAUUUUAAAUCCUGUGUAAAACUAAUAUUAAUUUCUUUUGUAUGGAAAGCCAUAAUAUCUGUUAGGGUUUUGGAAAAAGGAUCUAUUAUUCACUAAUUUGUGAUUCAGAUAAUUCAUGUGAUGUUUUUAUAAAUAUAGUCAAAUAUUUUCUUUGAUAGUCUUUGUAUUUUAGAUAUUAUAAGAACAUGUUCAUAUACUCGUUAUAUAACCAUAGAUGUAUUUUUACCAGCAAAUCAUUAUCUUUGUAUAAAAGUUAGAUGUGAAUAAAUUAUUUGUUUCUCCAUUCUGAUGUUAUGUUUAAUAGAGGAUAUUGUGCAUUUUGUCACUAAUAGGCAGUGACAAACUGUAUGUACAGCAUACAUACGUAUAAUGUCUUUAUAAUAGAACAUAAAAUUACGAAGAAUUAAAUAUAUAAUGUAAGCAGUAUAAGUGGUAUAUAUCUAAUAUAGGUUUUUAUAUAGAUAAACAAUGCAUACAUAUGUGAAAAUGUUCUUCAGCUUUCUUCUGAAGGUUCUUUGUGGAGUCACGUGGAAUUUAUGCUUUGUGUAUUUCCUUUCAGCCAAUAUGCCUGUGUAUGGUUUAAAUAAAUGUUUUUGCAGGGAUGAAAAGAUUAUAUUUUCCUUCGUUUUCAAGUUUGCUUGAAGUAAUGUUAAAGUCAGGAUGGUUUCUAGUAUGGGAUGAUGAGUAAGUUUGUUAAUACUUACGGCAUAGCUUUUUUUGAUCUUAAAUUGUAUUAUGGUGGGGAAUUAUAGUUAAGGGAGUCAUUUUGAGCCACAUUUUCUUUCAAAAUAUAAGAAUUUUUAAGUAGGCUUUUUUUUUUCCCUAAAUCCUUACUGUUACACUGUAAGAAUUUGAGCAAAUCUUGCAUGAUGUAAGUUUUGACUGUAGAAGCUUAAUUGGUUACUUAGGCUGUGGGUGUCGUCAUCCAUUGGGGUGACUUCUUGCUACUUAUCCUACUGCUAGAAGAAAAUCUAGAGGAUGUUUUUUAAAGUGCAUAAGACCUCCCUGAUGUUGUAACGCAAGAACUUGCAAGUUGGAAGCUGUAUGUAUUUCUUGUGCAACUGAGACUGGCAUUGAAAAAUACUCUUUCAAAUCCUCUCCUUGAAGCAUCUGAAUAGAGCUUUGCUGUACUGUCAUGAAACCCAUAGGCAUCCCCUUUUAAGGUGUUCACAGGUACUGUCAAAAUGGGCAAAACUGUACCCUAGGUGUUUGCCAAAAUUGCUGCUUGAGCCUUGAGUUGCAUGGCCAACAGAGUUCAUCUUGGGGAAAGAAGAAUUAAGAAGGGAAGUGUUUUCCUGUUAGCCUGCUGUCUUAGUGUAAACUGUAGAGAAAGAAUAGUGUAUGCCACUACAACACUUGCAAAUGUGCAUAAUUGUGCUAUCCUUAGUCAGUGUCCAGCAGAAUUGCUAGAAGCCAAAACUUGUAACAACGUGUUUCCUGCUCACAUUUGAUGAAAACUUGUUUUGCACAAUGGAAGGAGAGAGGUUAAAGCCUGUGAGGGAGUUCGAUCUCUUGUCUCUUUUCUGGGAGUAGAAAGGGUACAAGGCAUUUAACAUCCUGCAUCAAGUGUGUGAUGCUUUACAAUCCACAACUUUUCUGAUGUGAUUCAUGAAUUGAAGAGUGGAUACUUGGUGGGCAAGUGGCAUUGUUUGCAAAGUCUUUUUGCCCCCCUCUCUCUUACCAGGAAAGGAGUCUCCUACCAGAUCUCUCUGAAAGUAAUGCCUCCUAUGUAAUGCUAAAGAACAUAAUAACACUUAAUAACACAAAGUUUUGACACUGGGGCAUUGCAGAGCAGGGGGGGUAUCAGACUGAGAGUGGGUGAAUGAGAAGAGCUUCCAUUUUCCAGUCUGUUGCAGGACCACUGGUGGUUUCUCUGGCUCCGCUGCCCUGUCACAGGGAGCUACCAUAAGUCACCCACCUGCUCUUUAUCCACUAAGGUGAUCUUCUCAAUUCGAUAACCUACUUUUCCUGUCUCCUGUUUUUCUUCACCUCUUCCUGCCUCCUGAGAUCUGUGAGGUAUAUUACCUGGGGUGACAUCUACAGGAGUCUCUGCAGCCUGGCUCCUAUGUUAGAUGUGAAGUGUGUUGCACUUUCAUCUCCUAAACUGGGGUGAGAAGGGUGCUACCCAUAUGAGAAUAAAUGCUAGUGUUAUUUACAUAUACAUAUACGUAUGAUAAAAGUAACUUUUACAAACAAUAAAGAGGUCCAAAUUUUGUUAGACUAGGAAACACUGAAGUUAUACUACUUUAUUAUGUUCAUAAUAACUGAUGAAAUGAAAUUGAGGUAUGUGUUUAUCAGCAAAGCAAUGAACUGUGGAGAAGAGAAAAAGAAGCCUGUGGAAGGAAGUUCACAAUUUUAGACUCAAUAUAUUUCUUCUCUUUUAAUGGGCAUCCAGAUAGAAUGUAAAUACUUCUGUCCCAGGCAGUCUGUAAUUAGCUACCACAUGGUAUUUUGAAAGUGCUUUUUGUUGUAUAGAAAAUUCAGGAGCUACUUUUUUUUCCUGUAUGUUUCUGAUACAGGCCUCCUUGUCACAGCAUACUUCUUAUGCUCUUACUGCUUCUCUCCUCCUACCUUCUUUGUGAACGUAAGCAUUUUUUUUUCUUUGUGCCAUAAACUUGCUGUAACUAUCAUUUCUUCCUGUCUGGAAUAAAAUUUUCAGGUGAACGUUUUGUUACAGCUCAUUCUGUGCUCUAAAUUAAUCUUCAGGUCAUGCUUCUAUCUAAUAAGCAGAGGAGGACCUGUUCCAAAUGACACAAAGUUUCCUUGACAUCACUGUGUUUAAAUAAAAUCAAAUUUUGUUUUAGCUAAACAUGUACUGAACAUACAGAACGUCUAAUAGAUGUCAGAAACAAGGAUGUCGUUGAAGUAGUGUAGGAUUCUUAAGUACCUGUCUCACUGUUUUGGGUUCAUUUUAAGUUCAUGACUAUUACGGGAUUCUUUAAAAAAGGAAAUUAGAUAUGUUGUACCCUGUAUAUAUUGCAUGAUUUUUCCACCUAGAAAAAAAUAAUACUUUAAUAUGCAUUAGAGCUUCAAUGGGCCGUUAGCAUUUAAUGUAAACAAACAAAUAAAACCUCUUCUGCAGUCUUUCCCUCAUAAACUCCAUAAUGCGAAAGCUGUGCUUCUCUCUGCAUUGCUGCUAUCAUCUGCUGCAUGAUAAGUAGUAACCCAGCUGAAACUCAUGUGCAAAGAAUAGAUGAGACAAAUGGAUACCUGAAAUCAGAAUAGGAAGGGGAAAAAAAACUGAGGUGCAUGCUCCUUACUGUUGGAGUUAACAAAUGCACGCACAGUAGGGAGAAAAUAAGGUUUUCUGAAUAACAGUAAAAUAACAAUUUUUGGAGUCAUUCCAUAUUACAUGAGUGUUUACAGGAGUCUGAGGGAAUGAAACCACAAUGCUGCCGAGUCCCAGUACAGAACAGGAGGUUAAGCCAGUUGCCAUCUUGGAAUUCUGUGAUUUUGGGUAGUUCAGAGUUUACUGUAAUUUAGGCACUCCAGUUUCUGGCAGAGUGAAGUCGAAACAGGCAAUAGCGACGGUCGUGGUGCUUUUAAGACUUUAAAAUAACAGCUGGUCCUUGCAGCAUUGUGGCUAAUAUGUAGUUUCAUUUUUGGAAGUGAGGAAUAAGGAAAGCGCCAGGAGUGUUGUGACACAUUUCUGUAAAGUAAAUCAGGAUGUUGGCGAAUCUGCACUUCCAUGACCAGAUGGUUCUUGGCUGUCUGUCUAAAAUACAGAAUGUCUUCCCAUAGGAGGUGGACAUCUUUCUUAGCUGAAGAUAUGGGUGUUGAUGACCCAGUGCAUGAGAAUUUACUGUUAAAGGGAAAUUUCACAUGUAAGGCUGUCUUUAUGCACACCACUUAAAGAAGCAUUCUAGUAGUUUUAUAUUUUCCUAGUGUUGAAAAUCAAGUGUGAGUUAAAUGUCUGCAGUUUGACUGGCUCUUUCACUCUUGUUUAUCUUGUUUUGUGAUUUCUUACAGGCAAACGCUGUGUGCUGGUGAAAGUAAUCCAAACUAAGGCCAUAGCAGUGUGGGAGGCUGGGAGGAGAGAUUUCUUCAGAAACAGCAUGCAAAGUUUCUCCUCUUGAUUUUGUGCCUCUCCUGUGAUACUUAACCUUGUUCCUAAUUAUUUUAUGGGUUCUGUCCUGAAAAACACCUCAAAGGAGUGAGUGUGGACAGCUCAUCAUUCGCGUAGUCAGUUUUGGCAUUAUCAUUGCACCUUUACAAAUAUUGCAGUCCUAUGGAAACAACACUGAAUGGUGCCAAGUGAUAGGGGAGAACUAUAUUGGGACAGUGUGCAGUGACAAAGUUGAGUGUGGGAACGUAGUGGUGAAGGUUGCUGAUACUGCAGCGUCCUGUCAAAAUCAUUUCAUGAGCUGCAAAGGCAGUUCUUGGACUCCUGUUUUAAACAGGACACUGACAAAAUGAUGCAUUCCUCAAAAAGCAUGCUCAGAGUGUAUUUAUGGGCUAUCUUCAUGUUCAGAAAAUUAAUGAACUUCAUUUGACAUACAGUGUUGGGGCUGGGGAGAGAACUGCUCUGGGUUCUUCCCUUAUUAUCAGGGAAACGUGUACUUGAUAAUAUUUGCCAAAAUAGCUGCAAAAUUGGGAAAAGAAAGGUAUUUUGGAUUAUCCUGGGAGAAUCAAUACCAUUUAGUGGUGGAAUUUGAGGACUGUUGUUCUGAGAGUGGAUAGUCAAAACCAUUCAGCAGUUAUCUAGUAAAAGUGUGACUCAGCUGAAAAGACAAGAUGGUGCAGGUUUUGAAUAGGAAACAUCGCUCUGAAAGAAAUGCUUCUUAAAAUUUCAGUGAAUAUGUGAAGUAAUUAGCCUGGUGUAGCUAGAAAUGAUGUCCUCAUAUCCUAGAUGAGGCACGAUGAGGAAGACUCAGGCUUCUAGGUGGUUUGUUCUUGUCUGUGAGGAAGAGGCCUCAAGCACUGAAAGCCCAAUGGAGUGCUUUCUCUAUGGGCCUUGCAAAAGAAUAGUGUAACUGCAGUCUGUGCAAGAAUGAAAGAGGUGAGCUCCUUCUGCACUUAUAAACCACAGAAUUGUAGGGGUUGGAAGGGACCUCUGGAGAUCAUUCACCUCCUCUAAAGCUGGUUCCCUACAGUAGGUUGCACUGGAAGGUGUCCAGGCGGGUUUCGAUAUCUCCAGGAAAGGAGACUUUACAGCAUCUGUGGACAACUUGUUUCAGUGCCCUGUCACUCUCAGUUUUCUCAUAUUCAUGUGAACUUCUUGUGAAACCAGUGCAGAAAUACCCAUGUAGGAAAACUAUGUGUUGAAGUUAAGGAAAGCGUGACUGUGAGAUGCAAAUGCAGGUAAAUCACAAUGGUGAUAUCCUGUAUUUUUCUCUCAGCGCCUGUAGUUAAACGUGGACGUGACUUACAAGAAGGAAAAUACUUUGCAUACAGGCUUUACAUUCUCUGUUCUCUUUAAUCGGUGAUCUAUUUUGCAAAAUAUAACAACAGAGGAAAAGAAAGGGCGUGCAAGGUCUAAAUGUCCAUGGUAAAAGCGCUCUUAUUUUUAAAAAAAAGAAAACAAACAGGCAAACAUUGUGCAGAAGUAAUUUCAAUCAUUUGAGUCUUUUCUGGUUAAUUGUCAUUGUACAUCUCCUCCCUGCAUGGCUACAUUUGGUCUCUGGUGCGAGGUAGGAAAAGAGCUGAAGCAUGCCUGUUCAAUUUGCAACUACAGUAUAACAGAAAUUUUGAAAAAUAAAUGUUCAAUCACAUCAGGUUCACAUUUGCUCCUUUGGCUGCUUCCUUUAGCUCAAAGGUUCCUUUCUUAACCAUCGAAUUAUCCUGCACAGAGAAUAUGGAAGUAAAAAUUCCUUUCUGCAUGUUGAUGUUGCUUUCUGCUAUAGCACAUUCUGCACCUUGACUUCCAAUUCCGUGUGUUUUGCAUAGUAAAACACCACUUGGAAGGCCAUCACAAGUGUGGACAGAAGAUGUUUUGAAAUGCGCUUUACCAGCAUCUUGUAGUAGAUAUUUGAAAUAACUGAAGGAGGAUGUUUCCCCAUAUUGACAGUAUGUACUGUAAAAAAAAAAAAAAAAAAAAAACAGUAGCAAUAUUUUAUAUUUUGCUGAAUUCUUGCAUACAUUUCUUUCUUCUUAGAAAUGUUACAUCUGAUUAUUAACUUAGAUAACUGAAGCACAUUUUUUUUUUUACUUCUCUCUGAUUGCCUGGUGCUAGAAAGCUUUGUUGUAAUUGCUUUUGUCAUAGCCAAAACUGUACAGGUAAUAUACAUCAGUAAUAGUUUAGAUUGAUUUAUCUGCAAAUAAUUGCUCUGCAAUUAUUUCUCAUUGAGAUGCUUGUAAUGUGAGCCACUGCAAAGUUCCACAUAUAUAUAAAAGUAUUAUUGUUAAUAAAAAAAAUAACAGCACGGAAGGGUAGGUGACUGUCUUCAAGACAGUAGUACUCAGUUGCUUACAGAAAAAAGAUGAGGAGGCUUGGUAACUAGAAGAGCUGAGAAGCAUCAAUAAAGACUUCUAACUUCUCAAGAGAAGUAUGUAGAAUUCUUAUUUUCUCUGAUUUGGCUGUUUGCAAUUACAGGCAUUAAAAACCCACAAAAUUAAAAAAUAAAAACAAACUUGUACCUAUCAUGAGUUGUAACGAAAAAUUCUGCCCAAGAGUUUGGGAGCAUGAUCCCAUGUACUGAUGUGCACUGUUAAGGGUCAUACACAUCAUAUCCCACACAGGUGUACCAGCUGCAUGUUGGAACUAACUAGUAGAGGAGAAUGUUUGUGCGUGUGUAAUCUGUUUUGCUAGAUGUGAAGGCUGGUCUCUCUAUUACAGAAUGGCUUGGAUUGGAAGGGACGUUAAGGAUCAUGAAGCUCCAACCCCCCACCACAGGCAGGGCCACCAACCUCCACAUUUAAUACUAGACCAGGCUGUCCAGGGCUCCAUCCAGCCUGGCCUUGAACACCUCCAUGGAUGGGGUAGCUUGUGGUCCACCUAAUAAUGGUUGUAAAUACGUGAAAGAGAUGAAGCCGAGAGGGGACAGUCUUCACAAUAGCUUAACAUAAGUAGAAGUGUUUUACCAUUGCCUGCUGCUGAGGUCAUCUGAGCAGUAAGGGGCUUCUGCAUUGCAGAUGCCAGUGUGCUUGCACAGGGCCCCCUCCACUGAUGCUUUGCAGAUGCACUUCUCGAAGAUUUUUUUCAGCUCAAGAGAAGUUGUCUCUGUAGCUGAGCUUGUUUGGUUGUGUUGUGUUAAUGCUGACUGUGUGUCAGUGUCAUUUUGUAUAGGCAGUAAUCCCCUGAUGGUAGGCAAAUGAGGCUGGACUGAAUAUCUUAAGUCCCUUUUCUGAGCGAAAUAUAUAUACCUGUGCUGCACAAUGAACUGACCUUUCUGCUUGUUGGGACAAAAAUACCUGUGUUGUCAUGGGGAUAAAAUAAUUUUUUUGUUGGCUUCCUUAUGCCGUAACUCUACAUUGUCAGAUAUAGAUUUUCUAUUUUUUUCCUGCUCUGCGUAUCCUUUCUGACUAUCUGAAGGUAAUGGCACUGCCUGUCCGUUUUUAACAGACCAAAGCUGAAAGCCUUUCCUAUCCAGGGAUAGGAUAUACACGUGUAUUUCCAUUCUAAUUUGGCUCCUGUGCUCUUCAUGUGUUUCUCCUCCUCCUUCCAGUUCAGCAAUGCAGAAUCUCUUACUAAGUCUCUCUCUCUCUGCCCUUUUUAACUGUUUUUCUCCUUUUUCCUUUCUUGUUCCCCAUCCCAUUUUGCUCUCUCUAUUCAAUUGUACCCUUUCCCUCUUCAAAGUUUAAAAAAAAAAAAGGUGUUCUUCAGCUUUUAGUUUUAGUUUAGUUCUCAGGUUUUAGUUUUCUUCCUGCUGUGAAGGCAUAAACACAACACAGGAAAGGAGUAAGGUGUAGGCAAGCACGUAAUAGCAGCAGAGUUUCCAUGGCUUUGGCAACAUUCUGACUGGAUGAAGGGCUUCAUCACUGAUACGUGACACACAGGUAUGAAAUGCCCCAUAGAUUCCUCUUCCAUCUGCCUAUCUGGGCAUGUGUCAGCUCUUGGCAUCUGUGUUUGUGAAGUGGAAUGCCUGUGCUUUCCAGAGCAUGGUGGUGUGAAACUAGCUCCAAAACUGUGGAAGGAGCUGCCUGCUCAGUGCUGUGAGCAGUUGUCCAGAGGCAGCUGUCUCGAAAGAGGCAAACAGUUUAGUAGAGCAAGUAAUCAAACAUUGUUUAAUUAGACAGACUCAUUACCGCCACGAUACAGGUAAACUCCCAAGUGUAGAGUCAACCAAAAAACAUGCAGAACUUUUGUCACUGGUGCUUUACCACUCUGAAGGGAUCAUGAUUUGCCAGCUGCCGUCACAUUAAAGCUGCAUCUUUGUUCUCCGUAGCCUCACUUGGCAUCCAUCACUCUACCAGCUCCUUCAUCCUCUUGAGCCAAAAUGCUAGCUUAGUCCUGUGUAUAAGACUAAGUCUUAUCUCUCUGAAACAGGGCUUUCUGCUGAAAGCCAUUUUCUUUGUAGGAAAAUACGAAUAAUGUCAAGUUUUUCUGGCAUUUAUGCUAGACAAGUGUUAGACGUUGCUUGUUAACAGCAACUGUUAUCAUUUGUUUUGUUUUUAGACUUCUUGGUGUCUCACCUUCCACUCCAUGUGUCACUCUUGUGUGUACAUACACAAUCACGCAUACCAACACACCAGCUAGAGUACUUCAGUAAAGAUCUUUAGCUGAUUUCCUAUUUAGCUUCUUAUGCUAAAUGGCCUUUUCUUACAAGCAUUUGGAUAAUCCUGUGCCUUGCAUGUAUACUGUUCACACUGCCACUCACCAUUUUUGUUACCUUCUGCUGUGCCUGUGUCCGCACUGAGGGGGCAUCUCUGUCUGUCUUGUCUCUUCUUGCUGCCAGAAUGAUGAGGAGGGGGUAGGCAUGCAGGAUUGUCUGGGUUGUUGUUACUUGUCUCAGUUUUCUUCAUGCCCUUUAUUUGGUGGUCCUAAUUAAACUUAUCAGGUCUGCAGUAGAAUGAUCUUACAGUGGUAUUAUAUUGCAAGCAAAUUGAAGUCUGAUCUCUUUAUUUAUUAUAAAUCAAAAGCAUGGCAGGACAGUCCCAAAUAUUGAUGGCUGUCCCUUUACAGUGACCUAGCUAACCACCAGGCUGCUUUCUCCUAGGAACAAGACAUAUCUGUGGUUUAGGAGGUAGUAAGUGCACCCUGGUAACAGCAACUGUUGAAAGUCAAUUUUCUAUAAAUACUUGUAAAACAUAUGUGGUGCUCAAUAUACUGACUUUUUUUUUUAGUUCAAGGUGACAUAACCAUCCAAUAGCAAGUAAAUUCUUUCCUGACAAAAAGGUAUUAAAUGGAUUUAAUUAGGCAUUCCAGCUGUUUAAUGUCAGGUAAGGCAUAUCAGAAAGUGGAGUAUCGUGUUGUGUACAUUAAAUCACAAGAACACUCUGUUCCUGUGAGGGACCUAUUGAUUUGAUUGCUCUUUUUUUCAGUUUGGUUUAUGGAAAUUAUGAAUGCUUGUAGCUAAUGACUGUAUUUUAUCAUGCUGGGAUUUUGUUCUCUUUUUAGUUAAUGAUUCUUAAAAAUAUAUAGAUUACGUAAGAGGGAUGGAGUUCUUACAGUGUGAUUCAUGCUUUUUUCUUUAUGAAUGCUAAAAUCUCUCUUUCAACCUUUUGAAAACUGUGGUGUGGCUUAUUAACUGGGCUGCAGAUAGCACUGUAUACCUAUUCUAACCAAGUCAUAAUGAAGUAUUGAGAGGUGCAGAUAGUCCUUCAGAAGGCUUCUGUGUAAAGCAGAGAUUCUUAUCAAGACCUCUCAAGAAAUCAGAGACCUCUUUCAUUUGUGGGAAAACUUUUACUCAUUCUCUUUUGGAAAAGCUGACAGGUUCUGGUCUGUUUUUAAAGUUCAGCUGUGUCAGGCUUUGUGUAGUUCUGCAAAGUGCUCAUUGGAGAACAGUCUCCUUUUCUGAUUAAGUCCUAUUCUCAUUGUUUUCACUACUCCCUAUGUGCUAUUAUGGAACUGGUUUAUAUGAUAGAUCCUUUGCUAAUAGUUAUAGCUCAAGAUUUUCUGUUUUCCCUCAUUAAAUAAAAAUAGACAACAAUGCAGCUAGCUAGUUGAAGGGGAGAAGAAGAUGGUGUCUUACAUAUUGUUUAUAAACUUGCGUGUGGGGUAUUUGUUUUAAAUAUGUGUAAGAACGUUCAUAUUGGUGCAAUUAAUGUGGAUUAAUGCCUUUACUUUCUUGGUAGCAAAAAUGUUCAGGGACAGGAUUUUUAAUGUGGCCUGGCAGGUGAAAGUCUGUUGAAGACAGUCGUAUCAUUUGGCUAUAAAUCACCAUUUUAAAACGUUUAUUUGAAAAUGUUUGUGUUGACAUUUAAAAAUUCCAUGGCUAGUUUGUUGUGCCUUUAUAUAUACAGUUGUUUAUAUUCCUUGCCAACACGUACCACGUUUCUUAAUGCCAGUUGUAUGCAUAUGUACACCGAUGUGUUUGUAAUUGUUAAAGUACAGUAGAAGUAUAUUUGUAAUUUCAGAUUAUUGCCAAACUCAGCAUAUUGUCAGGCUGCUGUCUGGAUAAAAAUAUUUGGAUGCUCAUUCUGGUCUGCCUAAGUAAGUCUGACUCAAAGAACAAAAGUAUACAUUUCCUUAUAGUACUACUGUAUCUGUAAGAAUUAAUAGUAGUUAGUAGUAACCUAUACAUUUAGAGCAGCCGUGUCGUCAGAGUGUGGUGUAAGUUGGGAAAAAAACAGAAACAACCCUGUUUGUUUUGCUGCACUUAAUGGUGCAGUGCUACUCCAGUUUAUAUGAAAUAAAAUCGGAGUAUCACUUGGAUGACAACUAGGCAGCAACCGUGAAAAGCAGCAGCUAUUUCUUUACACACUGAGAGUAACUCUUUCCCAGAUUAGUUUCAAGAUUUGAUUUUACUGUAUUAUUCUUGUUUGGUUUUUUUAAGCUUCUCUCUUGGGGCAGCUUCUCAAAUUAUAUUUUAUCUCUUCAAGUUUUCUCUGUAGUUUUAAAAGAAACAUUUGAGAAGACUCUUAAAAGGUCUGCAGCUUGUGUAUUUUAAAGACCAUUUCAUAAAGUAAGGUAAUUCUCUCCCUUUCCAUGUUUGCAUAUGCUUCUGAAUGGUCUCUGAGCAACUUUUGCUCCACAGGAAGCUGAGAACGUUUAAUCUAAUCAAAGGAAUUUCACUGAUGUAGCAGUUGUUCGGUGCUGAGAAUGGUACAAGAGGCUUUAAAAAUAUUAUUAUUUAACUGUUUUCCAAGAAUAAAGUCAGUUUUCUAUUAAAUUCUAACUAAAAUUAAAUUGGAGGAGUCCAGGGACUUCUACUAAUUGAGUCUUAACUUUUCUGAGGAAAAGUUUUGGUUUUUUUAAGCCAUAAUAGACUUUAUUAUUCAGUACAGUGACUUAGUGUCUCUCCUCUGGAUUUAGAUACAGCUUUUAAAUUUGGUGCUUACAUCAGUCUUCUAUAUCCAUUCUUGAGUGACUUUAUUUUUCAGGCGUGCUUCAUGCCAGAAAAACAAGUCACUGUGUAAAUAUACCUUAGGGAAGCUAGACUGAUAAGUAUGUUACUGCAGGCCCUUCUCCUAAAUUUAUUUUGAACUUAAUUCUGGUGCUGUUGCCCAGCCAGUUGGGUGCUGAUUUUAACACUUCCUUCAUCUGUCUCAGACUUGCCUAUCAGUUCUGUCACAAGUGGACUCAGAAGUACGAGGUUAUGCUGAAGUGUGUAAGUGGCUGAAACAAUGAUACAGUGGAUCUCUUGUUGAACAGGGAUGAAAGGUCUGACAUGCUGCAUCACCUUACAUCACCUUCUUGAUCAUCUUCCCAUAGCUGCAAGGCCUUUGAUGUGGUCCUGCACCACAUCCCUAUCUCUAAAUUGGAGAGGUAUGGAUUUGAAGACUGGACUCUUAAGUAGAUAAAGAAUUGAUUGUAUGGUCAUAGCCAGAGGGUUGUUGUCAAUGUCUGUAUAUCCAGGUGGAGACUGGUCAUGAGUGGUGUCUUCCAGGGGUCCAUCUUGGGACCUGUACUGUUUAGCAUCUUUGUCAGUGGCAUAUACCAGGCAUGUCCAGCCUGUAGGCUGCAUCUGGCACAGGUUGCAGUGUGACCUACCCUCUGCUGCUUGGCCUUCAUGGUGGUGACUCUGCCCUGCUGAGUGCAAACCCAUUGCUCAGCAACAACCAAACACUGGUACUGAUUGCAGUAUCUGGGCUCAGACCAGGGAAUAAGGCAGGCACAGUGCAGCUCUAACUCAAGUGAUGGCAUAGAAUUGUAUGUAUUGUGAUAUGCUGGCUAAACACAGUCCUGUGAACAGUGCAAAAACAUGCAGCUGUGCUACCCGUUCUGAUCAAGGAAUUUAAGAAUAGGUUUCUAGAUUGCUUAUGAAGUCAUCAACUUGUGUUUGCAACUCCAUUUUCAGUCAACCUAAGCAUGUUAUCAGCAGAUUUUCAAAUGGAAUGUACAGAGCUGACAUUAUUGCUGCUUGCUGAACAUUUAUGGAGACCAGACAGUGGAUGCAAGCACAGUGAGGCCAUGAGUGGUACAUUUCAGCAGUGGUGACAGCAACAGCUGAGAAUUUUUCUCUAUCAAAUAGAAUUAGUGUGCUCAUUGUAUCUGUUGUAGUUUCCAUGGAAAUAAAUAGGAGACAUUAUUUUUGGAGCAGCCUUACAUAUAUAUGGACCAAAAUAAUAAUUCUUCACUCAAUGUGGCCCAGGCAAGCCAAGGGUUGGAUACCCAUGACAUAGAUGUAGGGAUCGAGGGCACCCUCAGCAAAUUUGCAGAUUAUACCUAGCUAUUGACACAAUAGAAGGGAGGGAUGCCAUUGAGAGGGACCUGGAUGUGCUUUGAAGAGUGAGCCCAUCUGAACCUAAUGAAGUUCAACAAGGUCACGUGCAAAGUGUUGCACUUGAGUCAGGACAAUCCCAGAUACUGGACAUGAGCCAGCAUUGCUCGCUUAAGACCUGAAAAGCCAACGGUAUCGGGCUGCAUCAGAAGAGGGGUGGCCAGCAGAAGGAAGGAGGUGAUUGUCCCACUUUGCUCUGCCAUUUUGAGGCCCCAUCUGGAGAACACUGUCCAAGCCUGGGGCCUCUGGCGCAGGACUGAUGCAGAGCUGUUGGAGCAGGUCCAGAGGAGAGCCAUGAAGAUGACCAGAGGAUGCGAGCACCUCUUACAAAGAAAGGUUGAGUGAUUUGGGCUUGUUUAGCUUAGAGGAGUCCCUGGGGAGACCUCAUUGCGGCUUUCCAGUACUUGAAGGGAGCUUGUAAAGAAGGGGGCUCACUUUUUACGUAGCCUAGUAGUGAUAGGACAAGGGAAAAUGGUUUUAAAUUAAAAGAGGGUAGAUUUAGGUUAGAUAUUAAGUGGAAAUUGUCUACUCAUAGGGUGCUGAAGCACUGGCACAGCUGCCCAGAAAGACUGUGGAUGCCCAUCCCUGGAGAGGUGUUCAAGGCUGGUUUGGAUGGGAUGCUGGGCAGCCUGAUGCGGUGGGUGGCAGCCCUGCCCACAGCAGUGGGGUUUGCAGCUCAAUGAUCUUAAAUGCCUCUUCCAACCUAAGCCUUUCUAAGAUUCCCAUUUCUUCUUAUCUCAGGGGACUCCAUGUGAAAACUGUGCUUACAGUUGUAUGGAGUUCCCUCAUGAUUAUUACUAGUUUUUCUUUGUUAGUUUGGUUUUCUAGGUGAGUUUUUCUGGGGCCUGAGGAACAUUUGUGCUGUAAUAACUAAUCUAGCAAGUGCAUGCUGGGAAGGUAGGAAAAUAGAGACAGCAAAUGUGAUUGUUGAAGAUCUACAGCCUAGAUGUUGUAGACCUUCCCCUUCCUUCAAAACAGUACUAACUACAUUUAAAUUAUUUGUGUAAUCAGUUCCAAAAUGUCCAGUGUUACCACAUCACAGGCAGUCUAUUCUUCAACUGUCUUUUGCAGCUGUAUGGAAUGCCCUAAAAUGGGAUGUUUAGAACCUUGCAUUUCCUAGAUAAUGUGGCUUCUGAAAACCUAGGUCUAACUAACACUCACUUAAAGCAGGUAGAAAAGUUUUGCUUGCAGGAACCAGAUAAAGAGACAUAGAAGACUUUGAAGAUGAUGAUAAUUUAUUUCAGCAUCAAUACCAGUGUUUCCAUAACACGUUUCUUCAAACUUUUUUUUAGAAUUAUGUGCUAAUAUGCUAAAGGAAUGAAAGUAAUUCCCAGAAGCAUUUCACUGGCAAGUUAUGACGAACCUGUAGAGAACUGAUUCUGGAAAAUAGCAACACCAAUGAGUGACUUGAUCAUUGCUCUCAGCUCCAGAUGACUUGCCUUGUUUUUCAUAAGGGCUGAGUGCAGUGUCUCCUGAUCAGUGGCAGAGGAACGUACUGGUGGCAGUCACAGUAGUAGCAGUAGUCCCGCCCCUGCCACUAUGUCGUCUGUUACUGAAAAUGGAGAUGUUACUGCUGGAAAGCCAAAUGAAGAAAAAACAUACAAAAAGGAAGAAGUUGUUUUCACAGAGGGCAGUGAGUCACUGGUACAGGAUGCUCAGAGAAGCUGUGGAUGCCCCAUCCCUGGAGGAAUUCAAGGCCAGGUUGGAUGGGGGCAGCUGGGCCUGACUACAUCCUCAGCUAUUAAAGGCGCUAUCCAGCUGGGAAUAGGAUACACUGUGGGAAACCUUACUUCAAAACCAGACAGAGAUGUUCUUAUGCAAGACUUUUACGUAGUGGAAAGUGUCUUCUUACCCAGUGAAGGGAGCAAUCUCACCCCUGCUCAUCAUUACCCUGACUUCAGAUUUAAGACGUAUGCACCUCUUGCCUUCCGAUAUUUCAGAGAGCUUUUUGGUAUCAAGCCUGAUGAUUACUUGUAUUCAAUCUGCAGUGAGCCUUUAAUUGAAUUGUCCAAUCCAGGUGCCAGUGGGUCCUUAUUUUUUGUAACUAGUGAUGACGAGUUCAUCAUCAAAACAGUUCAACACAAGGAGGCUGAGUUUCUUCAGAAGCUCUUGCCAGGUUAUUAUAUGAAUCUGAACCAGAAUCCAAGGACGCUUCUACCCAAGUUUUAUGGGCUAUACUGUGUUCAGUCAGGAGGCAUUAAUAUUAGAAUUGUUGUAAUGAACAAUGUUUUGCCACGAGCCUUGAAAAUGAAUUUCACAUAUGACUUGAAAGGCUCCACAUAUAAACGGAGAGCAUCAAGAAAAGAGAGGGAGAAGUCCAACCCAACAUUCAAAGACUUGGAUUUCUUGCAAGACAUGCAUGAAGGGUUGUAUUUUGACUCUGAAACUCACAGUGCAUUAAUGAAAACAUUACAGCGGGAUUGUCGAGUUCUAGAAAGUUUUAAGAUCAUGGAUUACAGUCUGUUACUGGGAAUACACGUACUGAACAGUAACGUGAGAGAAAAAGAGGGCGAAAGCUCACAGAAUGCAUCUGAUGGGAAACGUCCUGGAGGACAGAAAGUUCUCUAUUCCACAGCCAUGGAGUCUAUACAAGGGCCUGGGAAGUCAGGGGACUCUGUUGUAACAGAGACAACAAACACAAUGGGAGGUAUUCCAGCUAAAAGCCAUAAAGGAGAAAAGCUGCUUUUAUUUAUGGGGAUCAUUGAUAUUCUGCAGUCUUACAGGUUAAUGAAGAAACUGGAACAUUCAUGGAAAGCUCUUGUUUAUGAUGGGGAUACAGUUUCAGUUCACAGACCAAGUUUUUACGCGGAUAGAUUUUUAAAAUUUAUGAAUACAAGAGUUUUCAAGAAAGUUCAAGCUUUAAGGUCUUCACCUUCCAAGAAACGGUGCAAUUCCAUCACCGCCCUGAAGGCAACGUCACAAGAAAUAGUGUCUGCCGUCAGCCAGGAGUGGAAGGAUGAAAAGCACAGCAUUAUUACUGAAGGACAAAGCUACUCCAGCCUUGAUGAAGAAGUACUGGGUUCACGCCGCCGGCCGGAUUUAGUGCCAAGCACUCCAUCUCUGUUUGAAGCAGCUUCUCUGGCAACCACAAUUUCUUCUUCUUCCUUGAAUGUAGAUGAACGUUAUCAACGUGAUCAGACCAUGCUCUAUUCUAGCAGUAAAGAGUUGCCUUCAAGUUCAACAUUCACUUUAGAAGAUAGUGCCAUCUAUUUGACAUCAGAACAAAGCACACUGGAAACAGAAAAUGAUAAUGCUUCAGUUUUGGAUGUCUAUUUGUAAUAAAAAACAAGAGAAGAAUGAAAACUGAAACAGAGAAGUGACCAUGGUUAACGAAGAGCACUUUUCGCACUCCUGAUUUGCUGAGCCUUGUAGAUAGAGAGUAAUAAUCAGCUGAGCUUAUUCUAAGAAUUGUCAGAAUCUUUGAGCUAUAGAAAGGAUUGACGGACUUGGCAAAAGUGACGUGAAACAUUCCACUCUCUACUAUCAUCUGCUCUUGCUUGCUGAACUGUGAAAAUCUGUGUGUUUGAGCUGCUUUCUACUAUAUUGCCAAUCACCUUUUUUGGACUUGAAAGUAAUAUUUUCUUAUUGGCUCUCUAGUGAUUUCAUUUGCAUGCAUCUCGUAAUUAUGCAAACAAAAUAUAUUAUCUGCUUUACGUAUUUAAAAAUAAGCACAGUAGUGAAUAAAAUUAAUUUUUGCAUAUAUUCACCCUUCAGUUCAAAUCACUUAGAUCCACAGAAGUGGUAAUCAGAAUUGAUAGCAGGGUUUAGGGUAAGCCUGUGCACAUGCGAUACGAAAAUGAGCCUUUAAAGACAUUUUCACUGUCGGUGAAAAGAAAAAAAAACGUUAUUUAUAACAAGGCCUUAUGUUGUGUAUAUACAUACUGUCUUUGAAAUAUUUUUGAUUUUAGUUUAUUUCUUGUAAAAGAGAAAUUAUAUAAUUUAUUUAGUAAAUACUACUGUAAACUAUAGUUUUAUUGAUGAAUAAAGUAUUUUGUUCUCAAGACUA